UUGAUGUACAGUACGGACGUUUGUAACACCGAGGAUAGAGUCACCUACCGACGACAGGACGGAAUGAUUCUGCAACUACAGACUGGCAAACGUGAGCAGAUAGAGCUGUUACGGGUCCGCUGUGUGUGGCUAUCUUUCAGCAGAACGAUGACUUCAGUUACCGCGAAGCUCUUCGGCCCAGUUGCAGCACAGCAAGACUUCAUCCAACUGCCAAUUAUGGUAUUCCGUGGAUUUUGGUAUGGCGAUGCUAGCGAAACAACAGUUAGUCCUUCAACUGAGGAAAUUCUGACGACAACAGAGGGAGAAACCACUACAGACCCUUUGUCUACUGUUGGAGUAGGGUCAUCUUAUCCUCCUCUCUCUGAAUCCCCUUCCCCAUCUACUGCUAGAACGUGCACAUGUACGUGUCCUAAUAUACACGUGGACAACUCACCUGCGGCCAUUGACAUAAAAAUACAGAAUUUGAAGAGGACACUAGCAAUUAACAAGACCCAGCUGUCAUCCCACAUGAGGAAGUUCAUAAGUGUACCGGAUGGUCGUGCCUCGGCCGCGGGAAUCGGUGCUCUGAGUGUACCCAUUCGGCGGGGCUAG